UAACUAAAUAUAAUAAAAAUAGAUAAAAUACGAGCGGUCAGACGUGAGUUGUGGUGUUCGAGCGAGUCGUCAUGAUUCAGACCAGAUGAGUCGAGCGCAGAUUGAAUCGUUUGUCAUUUGUGCAGUAUGGCGGAGGACAAGGAUCCGGUGACCCGACUGAAGGAUCUGGCUCAGCUCAAAGACCAACUGGAGGAGAUCCAGAAGAAGGUGGAGAAUGAGGUUCAAGCUGGAAUCCCACAGGGUGGCUCAUUGUUAGCGUCUCCUUUCCUGAAAGGAUUCCUGGCCGGGUUUGUGAUUUCCAAACUCCGUUCCUCAGCCAUCCUGGGAGUGGCUUUGGGAACCCUGACAGGAAUCUACGCUGCUCAGAGCUAUGAGGUGCCUAACAUUGAGACGAGCAUACGAGACUUCCUGAACUCUCUGAAGAAAGGACCCAGUGAUUAACAAUUCGUUAGCAGCUGAAUUCAGACUGAAGAGGAGAACAUGCUUCACUGCAGCUUGCUUUUGUGUCAUUCAGCAUUGCAUCGCAGCUCCUUCCCUCCUGAACAAAACUGUUGAAUCAGAUAAAACUGUGUCUUGAGGUCUAUGUGAGUGUGGAUUCGGACGUUAAUAAUGAAGACUGUUAUGAUGAAAAAUGGGCAUAAUGUAGGGCUGCACAAUUAAGCGAAAUAAAAUCAAAAUCACGAUAUAGCUUAUAUAGUGCGAUUAUCAAAUUUCAAAGGAUAUUUGUGUAUAUAUAGUAAAGCAUGGCACUGUGUUCAGAAAUUAAGACAGACGUAAUUAUUAGUAUUGUAAUUUGUUGUUAUUAUAUUAUAUUAUUCUCCUUAAAUACUAUUUUAACAGUGAAAUUACAAUAAUAAUAUAUUUUUAAUUUUUUAAGUAGUAGUAAUAAUAAUCAUUUAGCGCAAAUUGUCAUUUUACAGACAAUUAAUUUUUUAAAAUAAAUGUAUUAUAUUAAAAUAUAAUUUACCUUAUAUACAUUUUUUUAUUUCACAUAUCACAGUAGUAAUAUUUCUUUUACUAUUUUUUUAAUUAGUAGUAAUAAUAAGAAUUAGGUAAAAUUGUCAAUUUACAGCUGUACUGUAAAAUAUUGAAUACUCAAUUUUUAUUUUACAAUAAAAUUACAAUAGUAAUAUUUUUUUCAUAUUUUAAUUUAGUAGUAGUACAAAUAUACAUUUUUAUUGUUGCUUGUAUUAUUUUAGAAUCAUGUGAAUAUAUAAUCACAAAAUAUUUGGCCAAGUUGUGCAGCCCCUAAAAACUAGCAAACUUAUAAAAUAAAAAAUAAAAUAAACUUUAUAAAUUUUAUUUGCAAUUUUAUCAUUUGGAUAUAGAAUCACAAAUUAUUUUGCCAAAUUGUGCAGCCCCUACAAACUAG